CGUGUGUGCUUUUCUCUAAUGAAAUGUAGAAUAUUGUACUUAUUGUAAGAGUAAAGUACAGUUCAGAGGUGAACGUUCAUAGGCAACUCUUAAGCCUAGUUUUGAGAAGUUAUCAAUAGCCGUCGCCGACGUGUAGAUCAGUCGCUGAAACAUUUGCAUACUGUCAGAAUAAUACGUGAUCAUGACCAAAGCUGCAUUUAAACCUAAAACCGAUAGCAAACGAAAGAAUGAUGAAUUCACAGGGUCAGACAUGACCGGGAAGGGCACGAAGAAGCUGAAAAUGCUAACCAAUGGGGGCGGAAGUGUGGCGUUGAACCUAGAUAGAAAAGAUGGUAAGAGCAGCUCGGCUUCGAAAGCGAAGAUAACGAAGUCGAGAAAGCCUGUUGCAACGAUAGGAUCAAAUUGGCAAUUAUUAUCACAAUCGAUACACAAGGGCAAAAGGUCAACGGGAAAUGUACCUUCGAAAAGUAUUGUAGGAACUAAACCAUCGCCUACAUGCACGGGCUAUGAUGUUUCCAAGGAAACUGUGAAUGGCAAGCUAGUACACGAGAAAAAACUUGAGGAACCAAAUGAGACUGCGACCAGCGACCCGAAGGAAAAACGGAAGAAACUCAUAACAGGCAAUUUCAUGGGGUGGGUAAUUAUAGAUUAG